UUCCGGUUUGCUGUUUUGCAUCGCUACGAUUGGAUAUUGAUUUUCUACUACUUUGGUAUAUGCGCUUUGCUCUGGUUCGUUGCUUUCACUUCUUUGUGCUACAAUGCACCAGAGGAAAGCCCAUUUGCACGGGAAACGGAAAAACAAUAUCUGCAAAAAGAAAUUGGUACAGUAAGGAGGCGUCAGCAAAGUGUUAAAAAAAAUCCAUGGAAGGCCAUAUUUAAAAAUUUACCUAUGUGGGCGAUGAUUUCGGCUACUCUGCAAUACGAUUGGACACAACUACAACAUGCCGCUGAGGUGCCGCAGUUCAUAAAGGACGCCAAGCAGCUGCCGCUAACCGAAAGUUUGAUCAGUGGAUUGCAGAAUCAAUUGCCGUACGUUAUGAAUUGGCUGUUGUCGGUGAUUUCCGGUGUGCUUGCGGAUCUGCUUGUAGACUAUGAGAUAUUUUCGGUGACGGUUAUGCGCAAAAUUAUGACCUUUGCUGUGGCAGUGGCCCCUAACCUAUACAAUAGCCGCCUACUCCCUUGCUUGAGCUGCAGUGAGAAGGCGGAUUUAUUUGCCUUUAGCAAUUGUGCCAUAAAUGUGUUGGGCAGUUAUUAUGCUGGCAUUAAAUUGACGCCAUUGGAUAUGAGUCCGAAUUUUGCUGCUACUCUAAUGGGUAUUGCGAAUGGCAUUGGUUCCUUGACGGGCGUUGUAGCGCCAUUUUUGAAGGAUUCGUUAAGGCGUUGGCCACAAUUCAAAGUGUUCCCUGCGCUUAUUUGGUUAGUUUCUACGUUGCUAAUUUCAGGCGAUGUACAACCUUUCGAUACACUCAACGGAGUCAGAUAAAAAUGAAUA